UGCCGGGAGUUAUCCCAAAUAUCCAGUACCAGGUCAUUCCCCAAUUCCAAACCAUCGAUGGGCAGCAGCUCCAGUUUGCCACCACCCCUGCCCAAGUCAACGUGCAGCAGGAUGCCUCUGGUCAGCUCCAGAUCAUCCCCGGCACGAACCAGCAGAUCAUAACGAGCCGAGCGGGGACGAGUAACCUCAUUGCCAUGCCAAACCUGCUGCAGCAGGCCGUCCCCAUCCAGGGCGUGGGCUUAGCCAACAAUACCCUCUCAGGGCAAACCCAGUACGUGGCCAACGUCCCCGUGGCUCUGAACGGCAACAUCACCUUGCUGCCCGUCAACAGCGUGGCCGCCAGCCUGGCUCCCACCUCUCAGACGGUCACACUGAGCAGCUCCGGCUCCCCGGACAGCAGCUCCCAGCCGGCCACCUCGGGCGCUGCCAUCAGUUCCACCAACACAGCCACGUCUCACGCUAGCUCUGGCGCCUUUUUUACCAACGCCAACAGCUACUCCACCACCACCACCACCAGUAACAUGGGCAUCAUGAAUUUUUCCACCAGCGCGACAGUGGGAACCAAUGUCCAGGCACAGACGCCCCAGAGGGUCAGCAGCGUCCAGAGCUCGGACUCUCUGCAGAGCCAAGUUUCUGGGGUGGCUUUGCAGCCAGGGCAGCAGAAAGAGGGGGAUCAGAGUCAACAAUCACAGCAGCAGCAGCAGCAGCAGCAGAUCCUGAUCCAACCUCAGCUAGUCCAAGGAGGGCAGACAAUCCAGGCCCUCCAGACCACGCCGCUCUCUGGCCAGACCUUUGCCACUCAAGCCAUCUCCCAAGACGCCUUGCAGAACCUGCAGCUCCAAACUGUCCCCAACUCCGGGCCCAUCAUCAUCCGAACGCCCACGGUGGGUCCCAACGGGCAGGUGAGCUGGCAGACCAUCCAGCUCCAAAACCUUCAGGUUCAGAACCCUCAGGCCCAGACAAUCACCUUGGCGCCCAUGCAGGGAGUGUCGCUGGGGCAGACGGGCAGCACCAGCACCACGCUCACCCCCAUCGCCUCCCUCCCCAGCGGCACUGUCACGGUCAACGCUGCCCAGCUCUCCUCCAUGCCCGGCCUCCAGACUAUUAACCUCAGUGCCUUGGGAGCGUCUGGGAUCCAGGUGCAUCAGCUGCAAGGGCUGCCGCUGGCCAUAGCAAACACUGCCG